GCUGCAGCCAAUCGCGAGAGGCGAACCCUCCCCAGUCGGCGUGGAUCCGGCCCUCCUCCAGGUGCUGGAUCCCGCGACUCUGUCCGGUACUCAAUGCCGGUCCAUCACCGCGGAACGUUGGGAUUUGUGCCUGUGGACGCGAGUGCGUCACAAUCCAAAGACGUCACGGCAUCUCUGUUGCAUUCUGGAUCUCCGUUGCCAUUGACGCUUUUAAACAGUGUCUACAGCAUGGCAGCGGGAGUCAGCAAGCCACCAGGAACUUCCAGCCGUAUUCUGCUGGACAUACCAUGCAAGGUGUGUUUAGACCACUCUUCAGGGAAGCAUUACGGAAUAUUCGCCUGUGAUGGAUGCGCCGGAUUCUUUAAGAGAUCAAUCCGACGCAACAGACAGUACGUGUGUAAAGCUCGUGGCCCGGCAGCAAACAACUGCCCCGUAGACAAAACUCACCGGAACCAAUGCAGGGCUUGUCGCCUUAGGAAGUGUCUCGAAGCUGGGAUGAACAAAGAAGGUCCUGGCACCUCUUUCGUUUCAGCUGUCCAGCACGAGAGGGGUCCGCGGAAUUCCACUCUUCGGCGGCAGGUGGCGCUAUACCUCAAAGAGGCUACAGGCACGGAUGCCACGUCCGCUGGACCGACGUCGCUGAGUCCUGUCCGGCCCGCUGGACUGCCCUUCGGACUCCACCCUGCGUUCUUGAGGCCGGAGCCGUGUACAACGCUAUUUCCUACGCCGAGGCCUCCCUUUCUAGCUUCGCUCUGUCAUCCAAUGCCAAAGUAUCCGCACGAGCUUCUGGCUGCAUCCGCUAGUGCGAGUCCAGAAACCAUUUGCGAAUCCGCAGCGAGGCUGCUCUUCAUGAACGUCAAGUGGAUGAAAACUGUGACCGCCCUCACUGCUCUGCCAAUGGCCGAUCAGCUUCGCCUAUUGAAGGAAGGGUGGAGAGAAUUGUUUGUACUCUCAGCGGCACAGUUUCACUUGCCUCUAGAUGUAGCCCCGCUGUUGGAAGCUGCCGGACUUAGUUCGGAACCUUCGACAUCAGAAAGGAUGGUUAACAUGAUGGCGGACAUUCGUAACUUUCAAGACAUUAUCGGCAAGUUCAAGAUGAUGCAAGUGGAUCACAUGGAGUACGCCUAUGUAAAGGCUAUCAUCCUCUUCAAAACAACCAUCCACGGGCAACCGUCCGAGGGCCGUCCUUUGCGUGAUCUUCAUGCCACUGCGACGCUACAAGAUCAGGCCCAACUGACACUGUCCAAGUACAUCCAGACAGCCUACCCGACUCAGCCUUCUCGUUUUGGACAGCUUCUUCUAGCACUGCCUUCUUUACAAACUGUGUCCUCCGUCACCAUAGAAGACUUGUUCUUUCGCAAAACCAUCGGCUCAAUGCCCAUCGAAACACUACUGUGUGUCAUGUAUGAGUCUGGAGACUUCUGACAACGUAAUGCGUCCUCCCAUAGACUUUUAUCUUCGUCACGGACGAAUGAAUCUUCGUGCUUCCGUCGGUGAUCAAAUGUAAUAUAACGUCAACGAACUGUGGCGCACCGUCUAACACUUUGAUCGACUAUAUUUCGUAGAUCGAUGGAUCGUUGCGUUGGAUCUGGAGCCACGCGGAUAAGACCGUCGUCUGAGCGUGUGCCGGACACCAUAACUCUUUGUACAUAAAUAAGAUUGAUUGAUUAAUGAACUCAUAAAAGAAAAAUAUGUACAUAUAUUAAGAAGCGUUUAUUCGUUUAAGCGUUUAUUCGUUUGACUAGGUUCGAUAAGUUGCAGAAGAAUUAAAUUCAGCUGCAGUCCUUACAAGUCCCGGGGACACCUGAUAGAUCGCGUUGAAACGUCGUAUCCUUUAAAUUUUAAAAAUUAAAAAGUUUGUGCCAUUUCUUUUUUUCCGAUUUCUUCCGUAUAGUGUCUGGUCAUGUUGUGCCAUAUACUGCCUGGCGAGUACACAACAAUUGCACGCCCGCUGUAUAAUAUACGUCGUUCUUGUUUAGAAUGACACGGUGUGAGUAUACGUCUUUAUGUCGACCACAACAACAGGGUUGUGGUGAAUCCUAGUCAUACAGCUGCAAGAACAUGGACGCCAAAGAUUCAUAUUCGAUAUUUUGUUUUGUGUGACUUUGUAAAGUACUGGCUGUAAAAUGUUUUUCUUUAGAAAAUAAAAGGACGCCCAUGUUCCUAUGGUGCCAUCAAGCGGUGCUGCACAAGCGU